AUGCCCAUGGGGCUCGUGGUGUCGUUCGUAUGGGUUGAGGAGUACGGCGAGACGAUGUGGUGCUUGACCCUCUUGACUACCCCUGCCGGCCUGAAGAAGAGAUGGCAGGGGCGCGGGACCCUGAAGAGUCAGGGUCCGCGCUUCGUCGCAAGAGACGAGGGAGCGCGAGGACCGGGAGUGAGUGGAGAGGGACGGGAGAUGGACGUUCGGAGCCUGGCGUCGUCGACGGGCGACCUGAGCACCGAGGCCCUGCAGCUGGAGCGCGCCAUCCGCGCAAACGACACCCUGCGCGUGAAGCGCUUCCUCGACCUGCACCACGACAAGUUCCAGGUGAGCGCUCCCGGCCGAGCGGCACGCCGCGCCCUUGUGGACACGCCGUGCGCGGAAGCAGCGCAGAUAACAACCCAAACGCUAACGCAGGCGGUCGGCUAAAAGUAUAAAAGUACUUGAAGGGAUUGG